AGGGAGCAGCGGCGAGCGGGCGAGCUAGUAGCCACAGCCUAACGAUAGCUUAGGGUACCUAGGCACUGAAAUGAGCCCCCGAAGGGACGCUCAGGCUGCACCCCCUCUUCUGCCCUGGUUCAGUUCUCGGCAGAUUUGAGAGGGCGUGCUGGUCAGGACUCCUCGAGAGGUGCUGCUGAGUGUUGGUGCCCCCGACAGAGUGGCUACCCCGCUCCCUGCGGGGCUGCGGAAGGAGAAGGGGCCAAGGAGACAGCUGUCCCCAAGCCUUUCACGUGCCUGGAAUUGGACUCCGGACUGGGCGCUAAAAUGCUUGCUUUUGCCCUGUCCAGGUUUCUUAGCACGUCUGUGGACGAUUGGAAGCCUGGGCCAAUGAAGAGUCAAGUUCAAAGUGGUACUCCCGGGUUCUCUGUCCCAUACUCCCAACAAGUGUAACUUGAAACUAGAAAGAGGGGUCUCCUGCUCUAACUAGCAGAUCUCCGCUCUGGAAUUGUACUUGACAGCUCUCUUCAAUACUUGGACUGCAGUGGCUACAGGGUUCUCUUGGGUGGGGGUGGGGGUUGCUCAGAACCUCGACAAUGGACCGAGUUUAUGAAAUUCCUGAGGAGCCCACCGUGGAUCCAACUUCAUCUCUGGAGGAAGAUGUCAUCCGUGGGCCCAACCCUCGAUUUACCUUUCCAUUUGGGAUCCUCUUCUCCACCUUUUUGUACUGUGGGGAGGCUGCAUCUGCCUUGUACAUGGUCAGAAUCUACCGAAAGAAUAGCGAAACCUACUGGAUGACAUACACCUUAUCCUUCUUUAUGUUUUCAUCCAUUAUGGUCCAGUUGACCCUCAUUUUUGUUCACAGAGAUCUGGCCAAAGACAAGCCGCUGUCAUUGUUUAUGCAUCUAAUCCUCUUGGGACCUGUUAUCAGAUGUUUGGAGGCCAUGAUUAAGUACCUCACACUGUGGAAGAAAGAGGGGCAGGAGGAGCCCUAUGUCAGCCUCACCCGAAAGAAGAUGCUAAUAAAUGGCGAGGAGGUGCUGAUAGAAUGGGAGGUGGGCCACUCCAUCCGGACCCUGGCUAUGCACCGCAAUGCCUACAAACGUAUGUCACAGAUCCAAGCCUUCCUGGGCUCAGUGCCCCAGCUGACCUAUCAGCUCUAUGUGACUCUGAUCUCUGCAGAGGUUCCCCUGGGUAGAGCUGUGCUAAUGGUCUUUUCCCUGAUCUCUGUCACCUAUGGGGCUACCCUCUGCAAUAUGUUGGCUAUCCAGAUCAAGUAUGAUGAAUACAAGAUUCGCCUUGGGCCGUUAGAAGUCCUCUGCAUCACCAUCUGGCGGACAUUGGAGAUCACUUCCCGCCUCGUGAUUCUGGUGCUCUUCUCAGCCACCUUGAAACUGAAGGCUGUGCCCUUCUUAUUGCUCAACUUCCUGAUCAUCCUCUUUGAGCCCUGGGUUAAGUUCUGGAGGAGUGGUGCCCAGAUGCCCAAUAACAUUGAGAAAAAUUUCAGCCGGGUUGGCACCUUGGUGGUGCUGAUCUCCAUCACCGUUCUCUAUGCGGGCAUCAACUUCUCUUGCUGGUCGGCUUUGCAGUUGAAACUGGCAGACAGGGACCUCGUUGACAAAGGCCAGAACUGGGGGCACAUGGGCCUGCACUAUAGUGUAAGGUUGGUAGAGAACGUGAUCAUGGUUUUGGUUUUCAAGUUCUUUGGAGUCAAAGUGUUACUGGAUUACUGUCCUUCCUUGAUUGCUUUGCAGCUCAUCAUUGCUUAUCUGAUUUCCAUUGGCUUCAUGCUCCUUUUCUUCCAGUACUUGCACCCAUUGCGCUCACUUUUUCCCCACAACGUAGUGGACUACCUCCAUUGUGUCUGCUGUCACCGGCACCCUCGGGGCAGGAUUGAGAACUCAGAGCCAUCCCGAGAUGCUGAAGCAAGGCAAAGCAUUGUCUGAGAUUCUGUCUUCUGGGUCUUUUGGGAUAGGCUGGGGGUGGCCAAGAGCAACUUUGAAACUGAAGGAGAGGAUGAGGCUCAUAGGUGAGUACCCACUGGGACAUUUUCUUGAAUUUUCUGGUAAGCCUCUAAGAAGAAAGGGCAGCUCCCAAAUAGGAUUUAUUUCCUUAAGAUUGACUGUUAUGUUUGGAAACCCAGGGUAGCUACUAUAAACCAAGAAGGGUCAGAGAUACUGUGAACCCCCCUCCCACCCAGGGCAGCUGUUUGGCUGCCCUAGGGGAUAACUUACCUCCAAGCACCUUAAGCUCUCUGGAUGUGAUCUUGUAGCUCUGCUCAUUUGCUCCAGGGCAUUCCUGAGCUUUCCUAGGGCUGAGAUGAAGGCCCAGAAUUCCACCAGAAUCUGAUCAGAAGAUGUGACAACUUGCUAAUUAUGGGUACCUCCCAGGAAACUGGCUGAUUAAUGUGGAAUUGUAACUGUAAGCAUGGCUGGUUUUUUUUUUUAAAUCCACUGAGAAACUGUGGUUUAAGAAGCAAACCCCCACUACUAAAAGAGCUGCUUCCCAAACAAGUUAGCUUUCCAUUCGGAUUUUACUAGUGAUCAUUCAUCAAAGACCUCUCUUUUCAAGCAGCCCUUCCUAGGCACACUCCGAGGAGGGAGUGUGGAGUAGGAUUCCUGCAGGGCAUAAGCCAGAAUGACUCUUUCUCAGGGACCUGCAGGGGCAUCCAGCUUGUGGAAUGGAGUGGUUGAGUAAAAUCUCUCACUUCGUGCCUCGUUAUCAGGAAUUCCCUCCAACCUGGUUUUUCUGUGCUCUUGUCAUUUUACUACUUGAUAUAGAUCUCAGAGAAGCUGAACUGUAAUUGAAAAUGUUUCUAAUGUAUGGAAGAAAUGAAGAUUGUGUUGU